AUGACCCACAAAUUUCUGGUCCUGUUGUCUGAGCGGGCAAAAACUUCGUACAGUACUUCAAUAAAAAUAGUAGAUUACCAGGAAAUGUUGGACGACUUAUCAUCAGUGGCUGGGAGGAGAAUCAACGUCACACAAGUAACCUCUAAGUACUUUCGCCUGCGAAGAGUAUAUCAAGCAUGGCGGAAAUUGCUGCAACACACAAGGUUCGGGUGGGAUCAUGAGUCACAAGGUCCAACGUGUCCCGUAGAGGUUUGGCAAGAAUAUGCCAAGCAAAACCCACAGGCGCAACAAUUCUACCACAAGAGACUUUCUCACAAGGAGCUUUAUGAAAUCAUAUUUGAGAAGCAAACUGCCACUGGGAGAUAUGUGUAUAUAUCUACAGCUCAACCGAUGGAGACCUCCACUUAUUCCAAUCAGGGCAUGAUUCCCAUGGAUGAUAGCGACUUUGAACCUAAUCCAGAUCGAAUGACAGGGGAAAAAUGGCCAAACACAUCUGGCCAUGGAAGAGCGAGAAAUAAGAGGAACAGAAGCGACCCUGGACAAUCACUUGCGGAUGUCAUUGGUAGAUUGACGAAAGAGCUUGUGGAGAAGCGGACUAUGGGAUCGAGGGCUAGCAAUCGCAAUGGAAAUGAGAGGGACAAAGAGAACACCAGUGGUCCAUCUGAUCUGUUUUCCAUGAGCAAUUGUAUUGACAUCAUGACGGUCAUGCAAGUACCCAUAGAGUUUUACAUGCCAGUUGUCAAGUACUUAUAUCAAAAUAUAGGGUGGCGGGAGAUAUUCGUGAAACUCCCGCCCGAGGAAAAGGCUAAUUGGAUUUAUAACGACUUUUGCAAUUUGUAG